AGUCGAGGGUCAAGUGAGUCGAACCGACGAACGUUACUUGUUUUUUUUCGUUUCCCUAAAUUAUUUUUUUAAGGUUCUCUCGAAGACUGCAACACCGAAUAUGUUCGAUUAACUCGUGUAUCACAAAAUGAAACAGAUGAACAAGACGAAGAUGAUUUCGAAAAUAAUCAAAUGACCGUCGACGAUUCGGUCAUGAAAGAUGAUAUGUAUUCAAAAAUUGAUUUAUUAAAUUUUUCACCAUCAAGUUCACCAACAUCACAAAUUUUACCGACUACUCAAUCACCACAAAAACAAUCUGAUAAAGAAGAAGACACAUCUACUGAUGAUGAAGAAAUAGCAUUUUUUGAUUGCCGUAAACGACCUCACAAACAGUCCUUAGAAACAACAUCCAAAAAGAAGAAGAACAUACAACAGAAAACAUUAACAAAACAUCUUUCAACAAAUUUAAAUGAUCAAAAUGUGGAAUUUGAUGUAACUGAUCGUAUUCAUAUCAACAAUAAAAGCAAAUCAAAAAUUGAAACAAAUUCUACUAUCUUGGAUAGAAUUGAAAAUCAAUUUAGUGAAUUAAGUCAAAAAUUGGUAUCAAAUUCAUCCAAAACUGAUCAACAAAUGCAACGGCUAAACGUCAAAAUUGAACGAUUGGUUUCAAAUGUUAAUGUUAAUAAUCAUGCUCUCGAAUCGUACAUUGACAAAUCAGGUGAACAUUUUCCAACUGAAUUGAUUUUUAACAAGAUUAAUUUACUUGAUGUUAUGGCGACGGAUUACGGCGAUUAUGCUCGACAAAUUUUACGAAUAAUUUUUACCAGUGGUGAAUUAAAGAAUUGUAUUCUUCCACCAGGUAGACCACAUCUUGCACGUAAACCAUUGGAUCAAGAACGAUUCAAAACUUUUACAAAUGAUUUAUGUAUUUUAUUUUUAUUUUUAGAUUAA